AUGUCCAUCUUGUCGUGCCGUGUGUUGUGUCUAUUGGCCAUUGUGCUCUGCUGUGUGGGUGUGGCUCCUGCUGCUUCACAUGGCAUGUUAUCACCUGUUGAGUUGGCGAAAAAGAAGGUUGAGGAGACUUUGAGACUGAAGGGGGAGUGUGAAGAAGCUACCAACGCUGUUACAGAGGCCGCGCUUGCAGCUCAACGAUUUGCUCAUAACACUGAGAUUCAUCUCGUAACAAUUGCUGCUGAUCAAAAAGAGGUGGAGAAAAGGAAGAGUGAAGGUCUUCAAUUCAUUGAUAAUACAACGAAGGCUGCAGAGAAAGCAACAGAAGUGCGCGACAAAACUACAGCCAGUGUAAAGGAAACUCGAGACAAUUCCAUUUUUCUUCGUGAAAAAGCUGAGGAGGCAGAGCAAGCAGCUGAUAAUGCAGAAAGCGCGACACGUGAUGCUACCAGUGCUAUCGAAACUGCGAAAACUCAUAUUAAUGGUGUGAAGAAGGUCCUGAAGGAACUCGACGCCGCAGUUGCUGCUGCCAAGGAGAAGGAAAAACAGGUGGAGUCUCAGACACAGGAACAGACAAAUAAAACAUCUCUUGAUGAGCAGCAAGGCCAUACAGAAGGAAAUAAGGCGGAGCAAACACAAAAAGAGAAACAAAGACAGCACUACCGUUCUACUGUUACUAUUAAUAUCCACGGAGAUAAUCUCGAUGCCUUACUCAAUGGUGCAGCGAAUAACAGUGGUAUGGCAUUAAAUGACGGCAGCAGCAGCCCUGCGUUACUGCGUGUUCCACUCCUGCUGCUGCUGCUCUCUGUACUGGGCUGCAUGGCCGUGUGCUGA